AUGGGCGCGCUUCAACUCGAGCGCGCGUGGCAGCCGUCCAGACCGCUCGAGGUGAUCCCGUGCAGCCCGGACAGCGCAGUUGAUGCCGAGGCCGGCAGUCACCGCAGCAGCUACAACAGCAACAACAACAGCAGCAGCAGCAGCGGCCAGGAUCCGAGAUUUGACUACGUCAACAGCCCCGUGAAGUGCUCGGCCGGCCCCGACCCGGCCAGCGACAACGUGCACCAGACCGGCACGCGCUACAGCUCCAACAACGCCGGCGACGGGCCUGAAAAGACCCGCGACCGCAAGAGCUGGUUCCCGCGCUUCAAGUCCAAUUGGCUCGGCACCUUCCGCUCCAAGCAGAUGUUCCACUGCUGCGAGUGCGCCGUGGUGCCGCCUGCCAACGGCAGCUCGCUCUCGAGCCAGGCCGGCCGCUACAAGGGUGCCGAGGGCAAGCACUGCCGCUGCGGCAAGGACCAGUGGCACCUCGCCAAGUCCGUGGAGGAGACCGAGUACAACCGCCGCAUGGAGAUCAGCAAGGCGCUCGGCGGCAUGCGCUACGACGAGGCUGUGCUGCGGUUGCGCAGCAUGGGCCAGUCCGAGCUCGACUUCAAGCCGUCCAAGCACAUCGUCAACCCUGGAUCGCCCACGCAGCCGCGCAGCACCCGCGGGUUUGUCCCUGCAUCGUCUUCAUCGUUGUCUGCGUCAAGUGUCAACCCGCCCAAGCGUGCGCGCAGCGCCUCAAGCGGACCGCUCCCUUCGGCCACUACGCGGGCCUACGCGGCACCACAGCUGAUGAAGCCCGAGCUUUCGACGCUGCCCACCAUGUCGUCUCAGAUGUACGGCUACGAGAACCCGGCCAAGCAGUACGGCACCUAUACUCCAGUGUACGGCAACAACGGCAUUGAGUACACGCAGGCUGCGCAGCCGCAACACCCCGGAGAGUAUGAGCAGCUCACGCAGGCACCGUUUGGUGACGAGGAGGGCUUCGGCGAGCUGCUGCAGGGCAUUCUGGAGGACGACCCUCGAGUAGCAGCCAGCGCGGGCAUGACACUCAGUCCGAACCAGCCCGGCACGUACGGGGCCCGCUACGGCUACUACACCGCGCCCCCAGCUAACGGUAGCGUGGCACCACUGAAGCGCACGAUGAGCAUGCCCUCGUACGCCAUGACGCCGUCCUUGAUGACUUCGCCGCCUCGCGAGAGCGUAGCCCAAGACUAUUACGCGGACCCCACUCGCCGGGAGAGCUUGAAUCUUGGGGGGAACCAGGCUUCGACGUACGCGAACUACCACCAGCCUGCGCUGCACUACCAUCAGCAGCAGCAUCCUGUAAUGCAGCAAUUCCCGUACCAACAUCAGCAGCAGGAACCGCUGUCCAACAUGGCGACGGCCACUUCAACUUCCUUCUCAACAUGA